AUGAAGAUGCAGGAGCUGGCUGGUGAAUUUCUGCAAUAUCGCGAGCAGAACAAUCAAAAUAAUCAAAGGAUUGAGCAACUUUUGAUCUCCAUGGAGGCUAGGUUUCAAGAAUUGCAGAGCAAUUUCAAGGAAAUUCUACCUCAGAUUGUAAGAUCAUCUGCUGAGAGUUCUUCUAAACCUGAUCCUCCUCCACAUAUACGUGUUUCUCAGAAUGCUUCUUGGAGUACCGAUGAUCCCAGACAUGUCUUAAAGUUUGUGAAACCAGAGAUACCCAAAUUUGAUGGUAAGGAACCUAAUUCUUGGAUCUUCAAGGCUGAAUUAUUUUUCAAAAUUCAGCAGGUUCCAGAACAGAUGAGAGUGGAGCUCGCGGGUUUGAGGAUGGAAGGGGUAGCAACCGAUUGGUUUCAAUGGAUCUUCAACGGUGGAACCGUUCAAUCUUGGGAGGAAUUUGUUCGUGCAGUUCGGGAGCGCUUUGGACCAUCCAAUUACAAGGAUGUUCGUGGCGUUCUAGCUAAGCUGUUGCAGAAAGGAUCUUUAGCAGAUUACAUGGCGGAGUUCCAAAGAUUGGUGAAUCAAGUUUCCAAUGUUAGUGAUGAUCUAUUAAUGACAUUUUUUGUGGCUGGUUUACAACCGGACAUUCAAGGAGCAGUCCAAAUUCGUUGGCCAUCGUCACUUCAUCAAGCGAUGCAGUUAGCCAUUGCUUAUGACAGUCAUCAUGGGGAAUUACGUUCCUCUAUCUCAAAUCAACCAAAGAAGUUUUUCUCUAAACCUUACACAGCAAGCACAGUUGACAAGCCACCUGCAUUACCAGCUACAACCGAAUUGCCAAUAAAGAAAAUGUCUCCGGAUGCUUUACAAAAGAGGAGAGAUUUGGGUUUAUGCUAUACAUGUGAUGAAAAAUGGAAUUCAAAACAUAGGUGUAAGGCAAAAAUGCUGUUGUUGAUCGUUGAUGAAGAGGAGCCAGAUCGAGAGAUGGAUGAGGAGAUUUUAUGGCGAAAAGAAGAAACUCCAGGUAGUAGAGUGGAUGCUGCUUUACAUUCUUUAUCUGGGAAGAUUGAUGCUCGUUCCUUGAUCUUGCUAGUUAUGGUUGGCACUCGAGAAGUGCAAGUACUGGUUGACUCAGGCAGUUCCCAUUGUUUUAUACGAAGACAAUUAGCUGAAGAGUUAAGUUUACCAAUGGUCAAGGCUACUAGAAUGAGAGUGUUUAUGGGGAAUGGCGAAUUUUUAAGUUGUGAAAAGAAAUGUCCUCAAGUGAAACUCCAGGUACAGGGCCAUUGCUUUGCGGUAGAUUUGUUUGUUGUGGAUUUAUGUGACUUGAACAUAGUUCUAGGAAUGAAAUGGCUAAUCACUUUGGGCCGUGUGACUCACAAUUAUGCUGAGCAAUCAAUGGAGUUUACUUGGAAUAAGAAGUUGAUUCUGCUAGAUGGGUUGAAAACCAAUUCUAGACAAAUCACUGAAGAUUCUAAGGGUGGUGAUUUACAUUUGUUAGAGACUUCCUGUCAUGCACUUUCAGUUCCAGAGUUGCACAACAUUGACUCUCAGGUACUUUCUGAUCUUCAUCUGUUGAAAGAUAAAAUUCCUGCUCUAGUUUGGAAAAUUUUGUUUAGCUGGCAGCUUGUAUUCGACAUUCCCAAGUCCUUGCCUCCUUUUCGAGAUAGAGCUCAUGCCAUCCAAUUACUGGAUGAUUCACAUCUUGUUAAGGUUAAGCCUUACAGGUAUCCUUAUCAUCACAAAGCUGAAAUAGAGAAGCAAGUUGGGGAAUUAUUAUCUGUUGGAUGGAUUCAGCAGAGCCACAGUGCCUUCUCAUCUCCAGUGUUGUUGGUUAAGAAACAUGAUAACACAUGGAGAAUGUGUGUUGAUUAUCGUGCUUUGAACUCCAUGACAGUGAAGGAUGCUUUUCCUAUUCCCACAAUAGAUGAGCUAUUGGAUGAGCUUUAUCAUGCAAGGAUAUUCAGCAAAUUGGAUUUGCGUUCAGGAUACCAUCAAAUACGGAUGCAACCGGAAGACAUACAUAAGACAGCCUUUCGAACUCAUGAAGGGCACUAUGAGUUUAAGGUCAUGCCCUUUGGUCUCACCAACGCCCCAGCCACAUUCCAAGCUGCCAUGAAUAGGAUCUUUCGACCAUAUAUGAGGAAAUUCAUUGUGGUAUUUUUUGAUGAUAUGCUGAUCUACAGCCCUUCUUUGGAGGAGCAUGUUACUCAUUUGGAAACUGCACUCAAAUGUUUGUUGCAUAAUUCCUUUUAUGUCAAGCUUAGCAAGUGUGCGUUUGGUGUGGAGGAGCUUUCUUACCUUGGCCAUGUGGUCACAGCUUGCGGGGUAAAGGCUGAUCCCAAGAAAAUUGAGGCUAUGCUUGAUUGGCCAAUUCCUCAAUCUAUCAAGCAAUUGAGAGCAUUUCUUGGCCUAACUGGAUACUACAGAAGGUUUGUCAAAGGUUAUGCUGCCAUAGCUCACCCACUGACAGAAUUGUUAAAGCAAGAUAAGAUUCAUUGGAGUAAGGAGGCAGCUGUUGCAUUCACGGCUUUGAAGGAGGCUAUGGCAUCCACACCAAUUUUACAGUUACCUGAUUUCUCUUCACCCUUUAUCGUGGAAUCAAAUGCUUCAAAUGUGGGGAUAGGUGCUGUGUUGUUACAAAGGGGUAAACCAAUUUCCUUCUUCAGCAAAAAGUUGGGCCCAAGGAUGGCAGCCUCCUUUGCUUAUGUCCGUGAACUAUAUGCACUAACAUAA